AAACCACCCCUUAGAAAAAAAAAAAAAAAACAAAAAAAAAAAACAGAAAAAGAAAAAUUAGAUCUUUCUUCUUUGCUUAUAAUUAUGUUUGUUUUAGCUCGAAUUUUCUGAAAUUAAGAUUCAUUCCUCCAUGGAAGCUCUGUUUUUUUUCUCUGCUAAUUAGCUUCUAUUGAUCUGUUUUAUUUUGCAGCUCCUCUUCCUCCUUCUUCCACCAUUUUUUUAAAAAAACUCCUUUCAAAAUCUCAUCUUUCGUGUUUUCUCACUACUCUGAAUCUUGUUGAACUUCAAGAAACACAUCUUGAAUCUUGCGUGAUCAUAAAAGAUUCGAAAGGGGAUCUCUCUGGGCUCUACUGAUUUGUCGGAAUCUUUCCCUACAGAACCACUUGAUCUUAUGUGCGGAUGGAGGAGAGAGAAGGAACCAACAAUAACAACAAUAACAUCACUAGCGGUUUCGGCUUGAAGCAACAUGAAGCUGCUUCUGAUGGUGGUGGUGGUUACUCCAUGGACCCACCACCACGACCCGAUAACCCUAACCCGUUUUUGGGCCAACCCACCACUGUCUCCUCCGCCGCCACCUCCGUAUCAGCUGCCGUUUCUGAGAAUGCGGCUCCUCCUUUCAGCUUAACAAUGCCGGCGGAGAACGCUUCCUCUGAGCAGCUGAAAAAGAGGAGAGGUAGGCCGAGAAAGUAUAAUCCCGAUGGGACUCUCGCCGUGACUCUUUCGCCGAUGCCAAUCUCGUCCUCCGUUCCGUUGUCGUCGGAGUUCCCUCCAAGGAAACGAGGAAGAGGACGUGGCAAGUCUAAUCGAUGGCUCAAGAAGUCUCAGAUGUUCCAAUUCGACAGGAGUCCUGUUGAUACCAGUUUCGCAGGUGUAGGAAGUGCAGAUUUUGUUGGUGCCAACUUUACACCUCAUGUGCUGACCGUCAACGCUGGAGAGGAUGUGACGAUGAAGAUAAUGACAUUCUCUCAGCAAGGAUCUCGUGCUAUCUGCAUCCUUUCAGCUAAUGGUCCUAUCUCCAAUGUUACGCUUCGUCAGUCUACUACAUCCGGCGGUACUCUAACUUAUGAGGGUCGUUUCGAGAUUCUCUCUUUAACUGGUUCGUUUAUGCAAAAUGACUCUGGAGGAACACGAAGUAGAGCUGGUGGUAUGAGUGUUUGCCUCGCAGGACCAGAUGGUCGCGUCUUUGGUGGAGGACUCGCUGGUCUAUUUCUUGCUGCCGGUCCUGUCCAGGUAAUGGUAGGGACUUUUAUAGCGGGUCAAGAACAGUCACAGCUGGAGCUAGCAAAAGAGAGACGGCAAAGAUUCGGAUCUCAACCAUCUUCAAUAUCCUUUAACAUCACAGCAGAAGAGAGGAAGGCGAGAUUCGAGAGGCUUAACAAGUCUGUUGCCAUUCCUGCACCAACUAGUUCAUACACGCAUGCAAACACAACGAAUGCGGUUCACAGUUACUACACAAACUCGGUUAACCACGUCAAGGAUCCCUUCACUUCCAUCCCAGUAGGAGCAGCAGGAGUAGGAGGAGAUGGAGGAGAAGAGGAGGGAGAGGAAGACGAAGAAGAAGAAGAUGAUGAAUUAGAAGGUGAGGAGGAAGACUUUGGAGGCGAUAGCCAAUCUGACAACGAGAUACCAAGCUGAUGAUGAUCUUAGUACGGUUUCUUUUUCACGGAUUUGUUAGGGUGAUGGGGUUUCAGAUUUUGGUUUGAUUGUUUUAUUAACACAGAAUGUUUAGAAGCUCUCUGCUAUCUUUAGGUUAUCUCUCCUCUUGUGAUUGUUGUAGUAUCCAUCAUGUUAGAAACAAACUUUACGAUUGCAAAACUCUCUUUCAAGAAAGUUAUCACUUUAUUUCUAAAUAGAUACACUGUGUUUGUACUU